AUGGCCGAACUGUCCUUCCUCGCGCGCCUCGUGCUGACGCUACUCGUGUCCGCGCUGUCUCUCUUCCUGUACAAGCAGAUGCAGUCUUCCUCACCGUCUUCUCCUGCUUCUCCUCCGCUGCCCGCGUCGCUCUCCUCGUCCGUCAAACGCUCGAAAAAGCGCAGUAAAAAACCAAAGAAAGCGGCCACAACAGCCGCAGCUGUUGAUGCUUCGUCCAAGUCUGAGACAUGUGCUGCAGAACCAGACGCUCCUGUUGCUGCUACUUCACUGGGUGCUGAGGACGAUGAUGAAGCGAGUGAGAGUGACUCGGAUGCGGGUCUUUCGGCUGCGCAGGUGUUGGCUACGCGCAGAUUCCAGCCCAAACGUCUUGGUGGCACUAUACAAGCUGCUUCGAAGCGACCAGAAGACGCUCCCAGGUUUGCAGCUGGACAGGACGUGCUGGCUCGAUUCCGGGGGGAGGAGAGGUGGUUUCCCGCUCGUGUCCUGGAGCGACGUAAAGGGAAUGAGUACCACUUACAAUACGACGACGGAGAGGUAGAGUACCGCGUUCCGGCCAAGUGUAUCAAGUUACAGGUGGCUACAGCCGCCGAGGACGAAGGCACGAGUGAGGAGAAGGCUGCUGCACAAGCUAUGGUUGUGGAGCCAGUGACAAACGAAGUGGUAGUGCAAUCGAAGGAAGAGACGGGGUCCGACUCGAGCUCGGAUGCUUCGGAGGAUGACGGAUGGCACGUGGUGGGAACGUCUAAAGCUGUCAAGAAACGACAGGUGCAGCAGGUGCAACUGGAGGCUCAAGCUGAGCCUUUGAUUGACGGCCUCACGAAACGUCAGCGCGAGAAUCGCCGCAAAAAGGAGCGACAACGGGAGAAGAAGGAACUGCUUCGUCAGCAUGCCCAGAAGGAUGAUUUGGAUGCUCGUGCGCGCUGGCGUUAUGUGCCGUCGUAA